GCGGCCUCGUGGCUGUUGUUUCAUUCAGUUAGAAGUAGCCGUUGGCCGGAGGUGGAGGGGGGGGAGUGCGGGCUCUUCGCCGCGGCUUGCGGUCCCGCGGAAGGAGGAGGGAGCGGGGCUCGCGGCGGUUGGGGCCCCGUGGCGUCGCCCAGACGGCCUGGCCGGCGGCUGGCGCGGGGCCUCUCCUGGCGGCUGGGGCAGGUGCCGGGGGGGCGCCGGUGACCGUGACCUCUCCUUUCCGUCCCGCAGCGCGCGAGGCCGGCCAUGGCCCUGCUGCUGGAUCUCCUCAGGCGGGUGCUGGAGUACCUUGGCUGGCCGGCCCACCAGGCUGUAUUUUUGGAAACUCAUAGAUUCAGUAGCAAUAUCGGUCACACAGUCAGAACAUGCCUUCCUUCAGCAACCUCAUCAAGGCAUUUCCAGCAGCUGUAUGCCAUCAUAAGGAAGUAUCAAGUCAAGGUCAUAUCUGUUUGCCAAAGAAAGGAAUAUGGAUCAACUCGAAGUGUUGUUCGUAGACUUGGCACAAUUCUUUCUUUAGAGCCUUGCCGAAGACCUUAUUUUCAACUUGUUCAAGGCCCAAGUCCAUUGGAUUAUGAUGAACAAAGCGCAGCUCCAGCUCCUGUAGUUCCAUCACUUGGCGAUGUCCUGUGGGUGGCAAGUGAUGAGGGACAAGCAUUUACUAGAUUUAGGACUGGAUUAUGGAGAAAAGAAGAAAGUACAGUUCACCAUGAUGUACAUCCAUCUAUAGUUGCCAUACCAAGUGUUCUGAAAACCAGUACACAAAAAGACAGUCUUGUUGACCAAGAAGCACUCCAGAAGAUUGCUGCGCUUGAAGAUGAGUUAACCUUUCUUCGUGCCCAAAUUGCUGCUGUUGUUGCUGCACAGACUUUGGGAAACAUUCCAUCACAAACCUUUAAAACGUUUAGCACCCCAGAUGGAUUUUAUCCAGUGCCAGCAAUGACUUCUACACCCUUGUCCGUCUCUCACAAUCACUUUGUAAUUCCCUCGCCUCCUCCACUUCCCUCUGGUGCACCAUCUGGUGUUGAUGCUAGUAAUUCGGCAAUUGAACUUAUAAAACAACGUUGUGCUGCAAGAAAGAGUGGUUCAACUACAACUGAUAGUGCUGAUCACCAGAGGACAAAGAAUGUUCCUAGUAUGAUGGAUGUUUUGAAAGACCUAAACAAGGUUCAGCUGAGAGCUAUUGAAAGGUCACCUGGAGGUACCCCUCUUUCUAGACCCAAAAAAAGGCAGAGUUCAGAUUGGGAUCCAGUUGCUCUACUAACUCAAGCACUAAAGCAGAAAUUUGCACAUAAAAAUUGUGAUGAAGAUGAAUCACUGGACAAAGAAAAUCGAUCCUUUGAUAGCUCCCCAGUUUCUAGUCCAGAGAUCCCAUUGGUUGCACGCUACAAUCUGAAGCCCAAUGCAAAAUCUAGCCUCAUAAGAACUGAUGAAGUUAAACAGAUAUCAACGUGGAAAGUGAAAGCUCAUAUUUAAUUGGUAGAGACUUCUGAGGAAAGUAUAUGGUGCGUGUAUUUUUAAGUGGCAGGUCCACUUCAUGCAACUGCUGUAAUCUGUGCUAGAACAUGUUUCUCCUAUGCUACUGAAGCUAGGAUUUGUAAGAGUACUUUUUCUUUUCCUUAAUUUCCCAGCAGCCAAACUUGUGAAUGUGAUGCUUUUAUGAAAAGCGCACAACUGGAAAAAGGGAUUUAUUACUAUGACGCAGUGUGUUUGAAACCUGGGAAAUGCAGGAAGCAGUGUGUAUGAAAGAGAAGUAAUACUUGAUGUGGCAGCUGAGGUGUGCAUUGUGUCUACACUUCAGUGUAAAUAAUGAAGAAAUGUAAACUUUUGGUUAGUGUAUUAUGUAUAACAAUGUAUAUAAUUAAUGGUAGUUAAUACUGCUUGUUCAUUAGGAUGGUACAGUUUCCUUAGUUUUCUUUUCAGUUUGCUAAUGCAACUCCAUAUCCCAUGUGCAAGUGGUAUUCUAAUUUAUUGUGGGUCAGUAGAAAAACUUCUAUGUUCAUGAAAAUUUUUCUUCCUUUAAGUCAGUGGCAGGCUGUCUAUUAAAUGCCCGUAAUAUGGCAGAGUUGUGCUUUGAGGCAAAAAAGAACUUGGAGAAAGAUUUGCUAGCACAAACAUAGUCUAAAUUCCGUAUGUAAAUGAACAUUAACUGCACUAUGGUCUCUCAUAAUGAAGUCUGUUCUGUUCACAGAGUUUAUAAAUUUAUAAAAUAAAUUUUCCUUCAUAUCAUG